UGCAUUUUUGGCAAAAUAUUAAAAGGAAGCAGUUAAAGGGAUAGUAUUUUCCGUUGUAUUCAUGUUCUGUAAAAACUGGACAUAAAAACUUAUUCGCCAGAAAUUCGACAAGCAAUCAAGAAGUACAGCAUCAAGCAUUUGGAUCAAGUACUUACUUCGUUGUGUAUUCAUUUAAUUAAUCUGAUUGAUAUUAUUCUUUCUCUAUUGUUUUUUUUUAUUCUAAUUUUUUUAUAGAUAACCAUUGAUGUCCACUGGAUAUGGUCACUCAAACUUUACGCGUAAGUGCCAUUGUGGAAAUGUUCUUUCAUCUAAUACACGUUGUUAUAUAUUUCCAGAUAAUGAUGAGUUUCUUGGAAUCUUAUGUAUGAAUUGCAAUCAGGAGUGGCUGACAGAGGAUUCUGACGCAUUUGGUGUUAAUGACAAAAAAAAUAUUUUAAUCUUUGGUCCACACAAGUUGCAUAAGUAUACUUCGACACCAGUUCAAGAACAACUCGAUUUUUCUCCGCGUUCAAGGACUAAAAUUGAAAGCUUGUCUUUACUAAAACGAGGCGAUCAUUUCGCUUAUAAAACACCAUACAUAUUUUGGCACCAUGGUAUAGUGAAUGAUGUAGACGCAGAAAAUAAAAGAAUCGAGGCCAUCCAUUGGAAUGAAACAAAAAGUAAAGGCUAUAAAGUCCUAAUUUCGUGGGUAGAGGUAUCACAACAACAGAUGUUAUAUCGUGUGGAUGACGGAGACGAUCAAGACAGAAUGAAGUUAGUUAUCGCGCGAGCAUUUUCUAUGUUGGAUACUACCGGUUAUAACCUUCUCACAAAUAAUUGUGAAACUUUUGCAAAUUACUGCAGAACUGGUGUUUCAAAAAGUUGUCAAAUUUCUUUUGUAUUGAAUUACGUUGGAAAGAAAGUGGUCGAAAUUGCUGGAGCAGAAGUAAUAGCUGCCGCAUCAAAAUAUGCUGCUGAGAAAUAUAUUGUCGCCGAAGCUGCAGUUGAUUUCGCAAAUGGCUCGCAUGCAAUUGGUGCAGGUCUGAUUGCUGCAGUUGAAGUAAUUGAUUUGACAAUUGACCUGUCAAAGUUACAAAACCAGAGAUUUAAUGGGGAUGUUUCUAAUAAGGAGUACCUUCAGGCCAUAGCAAUUCGUGUUAGUGAGGGUGUUACAACUGCAGCCUUGACUUCUGCUACUUCUGGUAUUGGUAGCGAACUGUUGGGUGAAGCUAUGGCAAUGUCAGUAUUUGAAACAACAACAGUUACUGGUGCAGUAGUGUUUUGUGCAUUAUUAAUUGGUCUUUUUUGGACUCUGAUGGCGAUAAUCUUUGUAUCAAAAUCGUUUGGUCAUGUAGUUGGCGAAUAUAUCAGCCGGGUAAUAUUCAAAUGGAAUAAAUUGAAUUGCAAAAGAAAUAAUACUGAUCAAUUUAUGCAUAGAGAUUGUGACCUUCCCACUUAUCAGUAAGCAUUGCUUGUUGAAUAGGAAAGACUAUUGAUCAAAAAGGACAACAUACAUUGGACAGUAGCAGUUGUUAUCAAAUCUUCUACAAAGUUAUCAAGAAUUGUGAUGUUUGCAUGCAAGAAGAAAGCGCUAUCUGACCGGAUAAAAGUUACUGAGCCCUCAUUUAACAUGUGCCGAAUAGGGUUAAAGGACAUUCUAAUCAUAUAUUGAAAGAGUGUCAGGACAAUGAAAAUGGUUUUAGUGAUAUUCAAUCCAAUCAGUUUCUCCUAAUUUCUGUUAAAUCUGCUGCCCUGAGCGGCCUGUCAAAUUACACCAUGAUUGUUUUCUCAUAGUAACAACUAGUACACCAUUCUUAUUACCUGGUUUUAAAGUUAAAAGACGACAUUUAAUUAAUGCUAAUUUUCAAAUUGCGAGCUAAUUUUGUGGCUCGUUAAUUUCCUUGAAUAAGGUUAUUUUUAUGCCCCUCCUCCAUUGUUGUGGAUAUAUUUACUCGAGGUUUAGCUUCUUUUUCAGCUGUGUUAUUUACAGAUUUUAAUGAAAUUAAUUUAAAACCUUGGAUACAUAUUUAAAGCAAGGCCAACCCAUCCAUCUCAAAAUUGAUAGUUUGGUAAAGUCAGCAAAAUUUUAAACCCUAAUAUCUCCUUGACUGUUUGUUAAAACCAUGAUCCGAAAUAU